AAGUUUCGGUGCUUGUAGCUGUGAUAUUUUUAACAUAAAUCUCAUGCCUCUCGCCUGCUACUCCUCCGCCUAACGGAUCAACGACCGUGAAGCUGAGACUACGAACCCUAGCGCUUCCUGCGUAAAAUUUUUGGAAAGAGGAUUGAAUUUCGUUUGUUGGGGAGCAAUGUCAGCUCGGUCGCUGAGAAAAGUUCUGAAAGAGCAAGAAGAACAGCAGCGGCCGUCGUUAAAACGGAAUGAAGAAGAAGGAGGAGGAGGAGAAAAUGAGUCAGAUUCCCCUGACUCUUGCUCUCCCUCGCGGAAUCCUUUCGAUCUCCUCGACGACCAGGAUCAGGUGAAUGAGUCUGAUAUUGUUGCUGAAACCUUGGCAGAAAAUGUUGAUGAAAAGGAACCCUCUGUGAGGAAAAGUGUUGUUGCAGCAGUUCCAAAAUCUAAUUACAAAUCAAAGAAAAAGAAAAAGAACAAAGGCAAUGGGAAUUUAUUUUCAAGCUCAGAUAAAGUUGAAAAACCCUUGGAUGUGGUUUUAGAAAAUCUCUCUCUCAAUGAGCACUCUUCUGGUAAUCAGCCCGGUUUGUUAAAAAGCAAGGCAGCAAAUGUGAGAGUUUUUGACAGCCAAGCUAAACAAUGCACACAUUCCAUAUUACAAGUGGAUCCAAAGUAUCUGAAUGCUGAAAAUGAGCUCCGAAGAAUAUUUGGGUCAAAGGUGGUGAAUUUGAUUGAGAAAAGUAAUCAAGUAGGCAGUUCUAGACAAACAAGAGGCGUAAAACGUGGAAGCCACAUCCUCAAAAAGACUACCCUUGUCUCCCCGUUGGAUCACUGGCCUCGUUGGGAUGGAUCUUUGUCCAUGGAACAUCUAGAAUCCAAGAAUGGAUACCACUAUUUCAGAUAUGUGCAGUCAUUUUCCUAUGGUCAAGCUCAGAAAGCUUUUGAAGCAGCCAAAGCAAUCCAUGACCUUAAUGGUAUAGCUAGUAUUUUGUUUCACAAUCCUUACCAUAUGGAGUCUCUUAUAACAAUGGCAGAGUACUUUGAAUUUGUGGGUGAGCAUCAAAUGGCAGCAGAUUCAAUUGCAAAGUGUUUAUAUGGCUUGGAAUGUGCAUGGCAUCCUAUGUUCACCCCAUUGCAGGGUAAUUGCCAGAUAAAAUACAGCCAUGAAAGGAACAAGCCAUUGUUCUCAUCUCUUUUCAUUCACAUGAAAAACAUGGAUAGACGUGGUUGUCAUCGCUCUGCUCUCGAAGUAUGUAAACUCUUGCUUUCCCUAGAUUCAGAUGAUCCCAUGGGGGCCUUGUUUUGCAUUGACUACUAUUCAUUGAGGGCAGAAGAGUGUUCAUGGCUAGAACGGUUCUCUGAAUAUUAUAGAAGUGAUAACUCCUUAUGGUUGUUUCCAAAUUUUUCAUAUUCCCUUGCCAUUUGUCGGUUUUAUCUUGAGCGUUUGGAAGCUUCGAAAGAUGGUCAGGCAGAGAAUGCAAAAGCAACUUCAACUGAUCUCAUGAAGCAGGCUCUAUUGCUUCACCCAUCAGUCAUCAAGAAAUUAGUAGCUAAAGUACCAUUAAAGGAUCGGGGAUGGACUGAUGUACUAAAGAAUAGCUUUUUUGGGUCAGAUCAAACAGGAAACCCAUCCUUGGAUCACCUGAUCAACAUAUACAUUGCGAGAAGUUACAUCAUAUGGAGGCUUCCAGAUCUGCAAAAAUUAUUGAUGAAUGCUGCUAUCCUGGUGAUUGAAACACUAAAAUGCAAUAGAAAUGAAGCCAAGGAUUGGGCUUGUGUAAGAAAAGAAGCAUUCUCCUCAGAGAAAAAUGAGUAUGGCCAUCUUUUGGUUUCUGAUUUCUCAGACUCAGUGCCAACCAUGCCACCUGACAACCUGCAAAAUUUUAUGGCUGACCCAAGGAUGAGAGAAGUGCAGAAUGGAGGUGAAGUUGCCAAUCCACUUGGCAUUGGUGGCGGUGGUGCCCGUGUUCCCCGUGACCUGAAUAAUCGAAGUACGUUGGCUGCAUUGUUUGAGUCGAUGCUACCAUGGAUUGAUUAUGGUGAUGCGAGAGGUGGCGACGACCAAAUUGAUGACCGAGAAAAUGAAAAUGAAAAUGAAAAUGAAGGUCAUUGACUGGAAAUGGCUCUGUACAUCAGAUUAUUUAUCAUUAAUAGUGAAUUAUUAUAUUUUCAUGCAAAA